AUGACUUUUAAACAUAAGCAUUUGCUGCUCGUACUGGGUCUGUGCCUCGCCAGCAGCAGCAGCAACUGCGAUGCAGCCACCGAGCAGCUGGGCAAUGUGCCCGGUGCCAGUGGCAGCAACAGUCAGAAUGCUGGGGCACGCACCUUGCUGCGCGUCUACGACGAGUGCAAUCGGGCCGAGAGCGGUUUUGUGCCAUGCCUCAAGAAGAAGGCCAUCUCCUUUAUCGACCGCAUUGCUCCGAUUGAUGCAAUCAAUGUCGCCGACGGCAUUAAGCUGGUGCGCCUGGAGUCGGCGCCACGGCCAGCUGCCUACAGUGAAAAUGAAUUGGAAUCGUCGCUAGCGCGUUCCGGCAGUGAUCGCGAUGCGAAACUCACAGAUAUGCUGAUUGAGCGGAUGAGCUACUUCUUCAACGGGCACUCGCUGCAGGUCAGCUUCCCCAAAUUGACAUCCGAGGAGAUUGGACGCGGCCUCGAAGAAGGUCGCGGUAAGAUGAAGAAGAUGGGCAUGAUGAUGGCCAUGAUGGUUGCCACGAAGAUGAUGGGCAUGCUGCCUAUUGCCAUGGGAGCACUCUAUAUGCUGGCUGGCAAAGCCUUAAUUAUCUCGAAGAUUGCGCUGCUUCUGGCAGGCAUUAUGGGUCUAAAGAAACUGAUGUCUGGCAAAUCGUCAGGCGGCGGCGGCGGCGGCAGUUCCGGUUGGUCUUCCGGCGGUGGAGGCGGCGGCGGCGGCUGGUCCUCGGGCGGCGGCGGUGGUGGUGGCGGCGGAGGCUGGGACAGACGCUCCUUAACAGAGGCUCAGGAGUUGGCUUAUCGUGCGCACAGCAGGCAACAGGCUGUUCAAAAGCAGGCAGUGCAACAACAGCAACAACAACAUCAACAGCAGACACAUUCAGCGCCGCUGCAAUCAACGCUGACAAAGUCAUAG